GGAGCUCGAGGCCCCGGGCCCGCCCACCGCGCUGUUUUGGGGCCGGUUCCCGAGUGGGCACACCGGAGCAGCGCUAGCGGCGCGCCAUGGCCCGGGUGCUGGCGCUGCUUGGCCCGGCGGGAAGAGUGGGUGCCCGACUGCGGCCCUCCGCCCCUUGGCUCCUGGGAACUGCUACCUCCUGUGCUCCACCGCUCUGGGCCUUGGCCUUGUCCCGCCCGGGUCCGGACGCCCGGCUGCUGCGCACGGCCCGCGGGGACUGUCUCAGCCGCCAGGAGCCCAACAGAACCACUGAGCCAAGAAGCGGUGCUGACAGCGGCACAGAGAAAAAGCUAAGCAAGUCGCAGCAGCUGAAGAAGGUUUUCCAAGAAUACGGGGCCGUGGGCGUGUCAGUGCACGUUGGGAUCUCACUGGUCUCCUUGGGGAUAUUUUACACAGUUGUUUCCAGUGGCAUAGACAUGUCUGCAAUCCUGAUUAAGCUUGGCUUUCAAGAGUCACUGGUACAGUCGAAAAUGGCAGCAGGCACCAGCACGUUUGUGGUGGCCUAUGCCAUCCACAAGCUGUUUGCACCCGUGAGGAUCAGCAUCACCUUGGUCUCCGUGCCCUUCAUCGUCAGAUACUUCCGCAGCAUUGGGUUCUUUAAACCUCCAGCCACCAAGCCGUGAGGCCAGCUUCUUCUGAGCUGCAGGAUUCGGGUCGCUUGCAAGGAAGCCAGGAGCAGUCAGAGGAGGAAUUGGCUCCAUCACUCAAGCCUCCCCUCUGAGCAGACUGACGUGGGGGCACUUGUUCUGUCAGAUCCAAAGGAAACUCCAUUCCCUCAAGGAAGCCCAAAUAUCCAGAAACCGAUUCACCUGGACUAUUGGAUUCCUGGUGGUUAGAUAAAGACAGCAUUCCUCGGGAACUUGUGAAACUGGUUCUCUCUACAAAAUGGAGUCAUUUCUGUUACUUCUGGUAGAAAGGACAUAUGGCUCCCCCAGUAAUAUAUACCUGUGGCACCUAACAACGUAUCAAAGGGCAUGCUGGUAUCACAAGAACCUGAUACACAUUCCAGUGUCCCUAGCCCUUCUCAUCCCCUCCUACCCUAAACUGCCCCCAGCUCACAGGCUUCCCUUCCCCCAGCUACUCGUGAUUAUAACCCAGCUGUUCUCUGGCCUCUUGUGCUCUAGUCUCUACCCUGUGCUAGUCUCCCUUCUCACAGGUACCCCUGGCCAUGUUCAGUCUACUCUCUGAACUCUUCCAGAUGCUUCUGGCUGUUCUCUAUCUAUAAUAAGAAACCCCCCCACCCCAGCCCCCGAAACCAUACCAUGUCGCUCUAUAGUUCUCCCCUGGGGAGCUAGUGUUGGAACUUCCAAGUCUGCUCGGCUGCACAGUGGAAAGGACAUUUUUUCUUGCUCACAGUUCCUUUUAAGUUACACUGACAGCCAGAAGACAAAGGAGACAACUGUUAACUGGUAGAGUGCAUUUCACAGAGCUUGGGCUGACAGUCUGAGCCCACGGUUACCUGAGUCAGCUGUCACAGUUAACGCUUAAAGGAGUUUUUGUGAAACAAAUUCUCCACUCGUGACAUCUCUGAAGUGGGAUUGUCUCAUUUUUCAGCCCACUGCCGAAAAGUUUUCCUGAUUUCUAAUCAGGAUGCAUUACAGAAACGAAUUCCAAGGACAUCCACAGAGCUGAGCCCCAGGCCAGUGACGGGAUGGGCCCUCUCCAGUGUUUCAACGGCCAUGUUAGCUUCAGGCCCUGGCUCCUCACCCCAGCGGCUCUCCCUUCCAGUUCCUAAGCAUCGCCUAUGCAAAGAAAACACAUUGAACGCAGCAAUAAAGCUGGGCCAGAGCUAACCCUGCGCUCAGGCCUGAGCCCAGCAGCCGGACGCGGGCAGCUCAGGCCGAGCAACUGAAGCACCAUAUAAACCAGCAAGACAUGGAGAUCUGCUUCUACCUAUGCUAGCGUUAAGUGGAACUGGAGCAAGCAAACUAUUUUAAGAUGGAAGUCAAUUGUGUGUCUCUAGUUUUUUAAGCAGACCAAGUGAAUGGCUUAGAGUCUGUGAAGCAAAUAAAAAUCUUUGUACAAGUA